AUGAUUCGCUUCUUCUCAGAUUCCUACAAGGCACCGAAUCUCCUACGGAUGAUGGCUGGAAGAUAUUACUUCUACGAUCGGAUCAACGGAUUGGUACGAUCUGACGGAACGUCGGGUGGACUGUUCUCGCACUCCAUAAAGCCUUCUGGAGGGACAAGUCUAGUCUACAGGCGCAGAAAGUCAGGUUAUAUGCGCAACUAUUCAGCGAUACACACAGACUCACGUGAAAUCGUUUACCAGCUCUAUUAG